AUGUUCGCUCGUUUCAUCAUCAGCUUCGCCUCUGUCCUCGCGACUACCGCCGUCCUCGCUGCUGCUAGGCCUCACUGGACAACGGACUCUCCGGCCCCAUACAGUACGGUCGUAACUACGAAGACGACCACUGUCGAUGUCACCACCGUCGUCCCAGUCACCACCGUCGUUCCUGCCACUACAGUCGUGCCCAUCACCACAGUCGUUCCAGCCACUACCGUUGUACCAGUCACCAGCGCUGUUCCAACCACCGUUGUCGUCACUAGCCCUCCGGCUACCACUACUAUUGGCGGAAGCCCCUCCAACCAGUGCAACACGGGAGACGUUCAGUGCUGCGACUUUGUCCAAUCUGCGGGCUCUGGCCCUGUCUCCUUCAUCCUGAGUCUCCUUGGCAUCGUUGUCCCAAACCUUGACGCCCUUGUUGGUCUUACUUGCUCGCCUCUCAACGUGAUCGGUGCUUCUAGAAACUCUUGUACUGCCCAGUCCGUCUGUUGCCAGAAUAACAGCUUUAAUGGUCUAGUCGCUAUUGGGUGCACACCGAUCAACAUCAACCCUUGA